CCUCGCUCCACCACCAUCCGGCUGUCCUUCUCUCCUUCGCCUGCACUGGCUGCUUUGCUCUGCUCUCGCUCAGCUGCUGCGUCUCUCCGCCUCGCAUCUCGCCUCGCAUCACUCUGCGCCUGGCGCCGCGUGCUGCCGCCGCGCUCCCUUGCGCCCAUCUCUCCGGCUGCCGCGCGAUGCUGUGGAGCUGCGGGCCGUAGCCUCCUAGCACCGCCUCUGCUGCCUCUGCCGCCGCCUGCGUUUCCGCACCUGCCGCACGACUGCCACCUGCGGCAACAUGUCCUCGCCUCGCCUCUCACCCGCCAGCGCCGCCGCGCCUGCGCCCGGCGGCAGCGCCUCGGCGCCCUCCACCACCUACGCCCGCGCACUCCUCGAGGCGCUGCUGCUCCGCACGCCGUCGCGCCGGCCCAGCGCGGCCGCCAUCGCAACUGCGGCCACUGCGGCUGCCGCUGCGGCGCCGUACCGCCCGCAGAAGCCCAGCUCGCUUGCCAGCAGCAGCUCCGUGCGCGACGGCGACGCCGGCAGCAGUGAUGUCGAGUCGCCUGCACUCGGCGCCGUGGAUGCGCGCGCCGACGGCAGCAGCAGCGACGGCAUCUCGACGUCGCCGCCAGCCGCACCUCUCCCACCAGCACAGCGCAUCGCGCAGCUCGUGGCCGCGCUCGACGACGAUGCGCUCGACGACGAGGAGCGCAUCGAGCGCGUGCGUGAGCUGCUCGGUGAAGCACUCGCCGACGCCGAGGGCGCACGUCCGCCCGCGUCGCGCCUUGACGGCCUCGUGCUCGAGCUGCUGCACCGGCACCGCGAGGACGUGUCGCCGACGGGUGCCACCUUUGCGCCGGCUCUCUCGCCGCCGCAGACUCAGGGCGCGCUUGGGUCGCCGCACCGGCGCCCAGCGAGCGUGCGCUCCUCAUCAAGCUCGGCGGCGCCGUUGCAUCCGCACGUCGCGCGGCCGUGGGGCGCUGCGCCGCGCACGCCCACCGGCGCCGUCCCUGGCAGCGCCAAUGGCAGUCCGCUGCCCAGUCCCGCGCUGACCGGCGGCUGGGACGCGGCACUCGGUAGCGACGCGCUCAGCCCACGCACUGGCGGGCUCGGCAGCAAUGGCGACGGUGCCUGGCCGACGCUGCCAGCCAGUCCGGCACCCGCCGCGCUCGCCGCACCACAUCCGUACGGCGCCAUCGGCAGCGGCAGCCCGCGCGCCAGCAACGCGCGUACGGCGCCAUGGGCACGUGCGGCCUGGGCCGGUGCGCGGCAGGCCGAGUCGCCAUGGAACAGCAACGGCGCCGCCAACGGCACCAGCAGCAGUGCGCUCUCGACGAGCCCGAGCUUCGGCAAUGGCGGCAGUGCCAACGGCGGCAAUGCCUUUGCGUCCUCCGGCCUCGCCGCUGCGCUGGCCGCCAGCAGCGGCGCCUCAUCACGCCCUGCCUCGCCCAGUCCGCUUGGCAGCCCGCGCCUCAACGUCUCUGCGAUCGAGUUCCGGCCGCGCGGUGCGCCCUCAUCCGCGUCUGCGGGCGCGCGCGAGAGCUGGCUCAGCGCCUCGUCCUCGGCUGGCGGCAACAACGGCACGACUGCGCCGCUCAGCAUGCGCCGCCUCAGCUCUAAUCUUGGCGGCGCCGGCAGCGUCGGCAGUGGUCUUGCGCGCAGUGCCAGCGGCCUCGGCACCGACGACUCGUCUGGCUCGGCUUCAUCGCCGUCCGACGACUCUGAGCCCGACCAGGACGAGUUCUCGCCGUUUGGUGCGCCAGCGUCUGCACGACGACGCGCUGGAGGGCACUCGGCUCUGCGCGGCGGCGGCGACUGGCCUGGCUCUGCCACGUCGGCCAGCUCGGCGAGCGGCAGCAUGUCGGCGCGCGACUCGAGUCCUCUGGCGCAGGCCAUGGCGAGCCACGCGGCUGAAGAGGAGCUGGGCAUGACGCCGUUCGACGUGCUCUACUCCAUCGUCAACGCUUCGUCGUCGUCUGCCGCACCUGCCUCACUCGGCUCCGAGUCGUCGUCGACUGGCUCGAACACACAGCCGGCGUGGACGGCGGAGCAGAUCGAGGACGCGCUGGCCGCCAACGGCUGGGACGUCGACGCGACGUUGAGCGCCAUCUUUGAGUCCGGCGGCGCGCCGCCAGGGCCUCGCGGCCCACCGUCCGGGCCGCGCUCCGGCAGCAGUAGUGUGGCAUCGCCGGUGCUCAGCCAUGCCUCGCCAGCGGGCGCCGGCGCGCCGCGUUUUCCUCGCGGCGCAGGUGCCAGCGGCGUCAGCGUCAUGCCGCGCGAGGCUUUUGCGAGCCACCGCCUCGCCGCUGCCUCUUCGCCACGAUUCGCUGCCGCAGCGCCGCGAAGCCCACACAUGGCUGCGGCUGGCGCAGCGAGCGGCAGUGUUGGUGCCGUCCCAGCGCUUGCGUCUCCGUCGCCGGCAGACCAGUUGUCGCACGCAGGCAGCGGCAGUGGGCCCGGCCGCGUGUGCCGGUACUUCCUCGCAGGCGAGUGUCGCCGCGCCGACUGCCGCUUCUCGCACGACCUCGGCCGCGCCCUCUGUCGCUUCUGGCUGCGCGGACAGUGCCUCAACUCACCCUGCAGCUUUCUGCACGACUCGGACGUCGUGCAGGCACUGGCCUCCGGCAUUGCAGGCGGCGGUCCCGGCGCGAGCAGCGGCAUGCCGGUCGGUGCCGGGCCCGACACACCGCCGCUGCCACCGAGCGAGGACUUUCCGGAGCUGCAGCCCCUCCCGCCAGCAGGCCCCAAGGGGCGCAAUGGCAAGGUGAUCCCAGGCGCGCCGACAGGGCCUGCUGCGCCAUCGGCGGGCGCAGACUCGAGCCGCACGCGCUGGGCCACAGCGCUGGCACGCGGCGGCAAGGGCUCGCCGCACUCGCCCAUGGCCCUCGUCGCUUCUGGCGAGGCCGCCGUCACGCUCGGCGGCUCGCGCAGCUCCGCCGCCCGUGCCCCACCCAGCGGCCCGCGAGGCGCUGCAACCGCGGCGAGUGCGCCAGCUCGCAGCACUCGCAUCGUCUUGCGCGCUCCGGCGCUGCUGCCUACCCUCGCAACGGGCCGCGCGGCCGCUGCAGCGUACAGCGCCACGCGAGGCACAGCUGCGGCGCUGAGCGAGCAGCGCAACAAGUGUCUCGCUCGUGCCGCCGAGGCGUGGAAAGCCGGCGACGGCGCGGCAGCGCGGCAAUGGUCUGCGGAGGGCCAAGCACUCAACGCACGCGUGGCCGAGGAGCAGCGCCUCGCUGUUGGCGUGCUUCUGUCAGAUCGGCAUGCGGCGCUGCGCGAGCGUCUCAUCGCCGAGACUGCCGGAGCCGCGCAGCCCUCAGACGAAGGCGGCGCACGCGCGCUGCGAGGCCAGGCGGCCGGCGCCGGGCUGGGCCUCUGCCUCGGCGUCGCGCCGCGCGGCGUGGCGCCGCAGCAGACGACGGAGGAGCGCACCGAGUUCCUGCUCGACCUGCACGCGCUGCACGCCGCCGAGGCGACGGCGGCCGUCGAGCGCUUCCUGCUCGGCCUCGAGGCGGAGCGGCGGCGCGGCAUUGCGUACCUGGCCGUCGGCAGCGGGCGGCACACGAGCACCGACACGGACCGCCGGCGCGUCGGGCUGAGCCAGGCGGUGCGGGCGUGGCUCGCCGGCUGGUCAUAUCCAUACGUCGAGCACGACGGCGUGCUGGCCGUCGACCCGCUGACGCACGCAUAGUCGCUGGUAUAGCGAGGGAGAAAGGGCAAUGAGAUCAUAAAUCGAAG